CUUGGUAUAUUUCUGAGGGUGUCACUGCCUAGCGCGCAUUUUUGUAAUUAACCCAAACAAGUUAAAGUUGGGAAAAAGUGUGGAAAAAAUGGAAGAUUAUUUUUCAUAUUGCACUCAAAUGCUCAAGGAACCACUGCAACUUGGAAAACUCGUUGGCUCUGGCUCAAAAUUUGAGGUAGAACAGUCGCCAUUUGGGGCUGGCGAUGAUGAUUUUAAUGUCGACGAAAUGGAAGAUUGUGAUAACGCUCCAGAUGUUGAUGAAGAAGAGCUCGCUUCUCCAUGGACCCAAUCGUUUGAGGAACUCAAAAAAUUGAUGGAGCCGAUCAAUGAGAACAUUUUUAAGCGAAUCACACGUGAGGGGCACCAGGGCCGAGGUCUGGUGCCAGACAAGGCACGUGUCGCUGUGCGCUAUAGUGGUUAUUGGGAAGGCGAGAGUUCUCCUUUUGAUUCCUCAUUGAUGCGCCGAACUAAAUUAUAUUUUGAGACCGGUGCCGGUUGGCCUCCAGGCUGCUGUACUUACCAUGCGCCCAUAUGAAAAAGCCGAGUUUAUUAUAUCCUAUAAGUUGC